GCGUAAUUGGUUUACACGUUGGCGGGUGCCGAUUUCUCGUCUUUCCUUCAUUUUGCUGCUCUGAUGUAUAUGUCAGCAGACUGUCUAACUUCUAUCCUCCACGGAUUCGCUCGCUUACCUUUCUGGUUCAGCCCUUGAUAGUCACCUUAAGCCAUUUCAGAUCACAGUGAGUGAAGACCGUCAGCAAAAGAUGGCGGAAAAUGAACAUCCAGUGGAGGUGAUUCACUCCUGGUCUGCUCCAAGGUCCCUCAGCACUAGUCUCAUGUACUCUUUUGCUCAGAGGGAUGACAUGGAAGUGCUUGAUGAGCCCCUUUAUGCAAAUUUCCUAAGAGUUACAAGUCUCAGCAGACCUUACAGAGAAGAGCUACUGUCCAAAAUGGAAUCUGAUGGAAAUAAAGUUAUAAAGAACAUCAUUUAUGGUCCAGGAAGUAGGAAGUAUAAAUUCUGUAAGCAUAUUGCAAAGCAACGGAUACAAGGCCUGACAGAUGAUCUGCUGAAGAAAGGAAAGCACUUUAUUCUGAUAAGAAAUCCUCUUGACGUUUUGCCAUCCUUUGACAAAGUUGUGCCUGCAUCAUUUUUUGAGUUGGGUUUGGCAGAGCUUGUUUGUAUAUACAACGAGCUAUGUGAAAGGGGAAAACCACCACCUGUUAUUGAUGCUGCAGAACUUAAAGAAGAUCCUGAGGCUACACUACAUGGUCUUUGUGAUGAUUUGGACAUUCCUUUCCUACCUGAAAUGCUGAAGUGGGAAGCAGGGCCAAAACCAAUAGAUGGCUUGUGGGCUCCUUGGUGGUAUAAGACAGUACAUAAGUCUACUGGUUUUGAGAAAGCAAGCAAGUAUCCUCAGCCAUUUCCCUUUUCUUUUUAUGAUCUGCUGGAGCAAAGUCUACCCCUCUACAACAUGCUUCGGCGACAUGUGAAGAAAAAGUCAUCCCUCCUGACCCCUACUUUACCUCCACCUGAUCUUCCAGUUCCUGCAAAUGAGAAACUUCUUGCGUGGGUUGGUGAUGAGAUAGUGCCACGCGAGAGUGCAAAGGUCUCUGUUUUUGAUUCAGUUGUGCAAGGUGGUGAUUCAGUUUGGGAGGGUCUUCGGGUGUACAGUGGAAAGAUUUUUAAGCUUGAGGAACAUCUAGACAGGAUGUUUGAUUCAGCAAAAGCUUUGGCUUUUGAAAACGUUCCAACUCGAGAUGAGAUUAAGGAAGCAAUCUUCAGAACACUGAUUAGGAAUGGGAUGUUUGACAACUCACACAUUCGGCUUUCUUUGACACGAGGAAAAAAGGUUACAUCUGGGAUGAGCCCAGCAUUCAAUCGUUAUGGAUGCACAUUAAUUGUGCUUGCUGAAUGGAAGCCCCCUGUUUAUGAUAAUACCCAUGGUAUAGUACUUGUGACUGCUGCAACUCGUCGAAAUUCACCAAAUAAUCUGGAUUCAAAGAUUCAUCACAAUAACCUUCUUAAUAACAUACUAGCAAAGAUUGAAGGAAAUAAUGCAAAUGCAAAUGAUGCAAUCAUGCUCGACAAAGAUGGUUAUGUAUCUGAAACCAAUGCAACUAACAUUUUCAUAGUUAAAAAGGGCCGUGUCUUGACACCACAUGCUGAUUACUGUCUGCCUGGUAUUACACGAGCAACUGUGAUGGAUCUCGUAGUGAUGGAGAAGCUAGUAUUAGAGGAGCGAAGAAUUAGUCUGUCUGAAGUUCAUACUGCAGAUGAGAUAUGGACAACAGGAACAAUGGGAGAACUAAGCCCAGUUGUGAAGGUUGAUGGUCGCAUAAUUGGCAAUGGAGAAGUGGGGCCAGUGACCAAGAGAUUGCAAGCUGCUUAUAAAAAGUUGACUGCGCAGUCUGGUGUACCUAUACCCACCUUCACCCACCAUCAGAUUUGAAAGGUACAUCUUGAAUUUUUCACUGCAAGUGUUUUCCUCGAGCCUGCUUCUGUUAUCAGUGCAAGUUGUUGUCAUACCAUUUCGUGUAAGUUAAUCACUACGCCUUUAAAUUUAUGUCAUCAGAGAAUAAACAUGUGUACUUUCUCGUGAACAAUGACAGAAUGUACUGAACCUUUCUCCCAUCAUUAAAGAGAACUGUGGCCUGUGAGCAUCUUUUUCCC